AUGAAAAUCAAAGCUCUUUCUCGUCCUGCUUCCUCGCAGCAGGCCCCGGGGUCUUCUGUCGUUCGACAGCCCCGAAACCUGGACCCAGCUCAGCAUCCAUUCGAACGAGCUCGAGAGUACACGCGAGCGCUCAAUGCUACUAAGCUCGAGCGUCUCUUCGCCGCGCCCUUUCUGGGCCAGAUGGGUGACGGUCACGUCGACGGAGUCUACUCCAUGGCCAAAGACCCCGGCUCUCUGGAACGAUUCGCAAGUGGCAGUGGCGAUGGCAUGGUCAAAGUCUGGGAUUUGACAACCAAGGGCGAGGUUUGGAACACGCAGGCCCACGAAAAUAUCGUGAAGGGGGUCUGUUGGACACCGGAGCGGCAACUACUUUCUUGCGCAAGUGACAAGACCGUGAAGCUGUGGGAUCCGUACAAUUCGGAGUCGGACUCUCCCCCGCGGGCGACGUAUCUGGGCCAGGGCCCUUUCACCAGCGUUUCACACCAUAGAAACCAUCCCUCUUUCGCCGUCUCGUCGUCGCAGAUCUCCAUUUACGAUCUUUCUCGACCCUCCUCAACGCCGUCGCAGGUCCUUCACUGGCCCACCAACAUCGACACUAUCACAUCGGUUGCCUUCAACCAGACGGAAACCUCGAUCUUGGCGUCAACUGGCAUGGACCGCUCUGUCAUUAUGUACGAUCUCCGGACCAACUCUCCGCUCAGCAAACUGGUCCUCCGGCUGGCCUCGAACGCGAUUUCUUGGAACCCUAUGGAGGCAUUCAACUUCGCCGUGGCCAACGAAGACCACAACGCUUACAUAUUCGAUAUGCGAAAGAUGGACCGCGCCUUGAACGUGCUGAAAGACCACGUUGCUGCGGUCAUGGACGUGGAAUUCAGCCCGACUGGCGAGGAACUUGUGACGGCGUCGUACGAUAGAACAAUCCGCCUGUGGAACCGAGCUGAAGGCCACUCGCGUGAUAUCUACCACACCCAGAGAAUGCAGCGCGUCUUCUCCGCCAAAUUUACGCCCGAUAACAAAUACAUCCUCUCCGGCUCGGACGACGGCAACAUCCGGCUGUGGCGCUCCAAAGCCUCGGAUCGCAGUGGAAUCAAGAGUGCCCGUCAACGAACGAAGCUCGAAUAUGAUCAGGCUUUGAUCCAGAGAUACUCGCACAUGCCCGAGAUCAAGAGAAUCCGACGCCAGCGCCACGUGCCCCGAACCAUCAAGAAGGCCCGUGAGAUCAAGAGAGAAGAGCUUAUGGCUCUUAAGAGACGCGAGGAGAACGUGCGGAAGCAUACUAAGAAGGAUGCUCUGCCGAAGAGACGCAGCGAGCGCGAGAAGAUGAUCUUGACCAACGAGAAAUAG